AGAAUUACAGUUUUUUUUUUUUUGGGUGUUUAAGUUUGGAACCUGAGGGUGCUUAUUUAGAAGGAGAGAACCAGAAGGCAUUCAAAGACAAAAACCCAAUAGCAUUUUUGCAAUGUUGGGGAAGAAGAACUAGCCACCGCCAUCAUAAUUCAGUUGGAAGGAAAAUGGCAGACAUUCGAUAAAUUUGGACCCUGUGGCUUUAUGAAUUCUGAAUGGGAAAGAAAAGGAGCUGGUUUAGUUUUGUGAAGAGACUUUUCAUAUCUGAGGCAAAGUCAAAAGCAGAGAAGAAAUCAAAGAGGUGGAGAUGGGUGUUUGGAAGGUUUAAGCUCAGACAAUGUCCUGCACUUGAAGCUCCGCAGAAAACCUUCAGUGAAGCAACAGAAGAGCAGAAAAAGCAUGCUUUGGCUGUUGCAAUUGCAACAGCAGCUGCAGCGGAGGCUGCAGUUGCUGCUGCCCAUGCUGCAGCAGAGGUUGUCAGGCUUACAGGUGCUCCUCAGGAAUUCGAAAGGAGAAAUCGAAACUUGGCCGCUAUUAAAAUUCAAACUGCUUUCCGGGCUUAUCUUGCAAGGACAGCAUUGAGAGCAUUGAAGGGAGUAGUGAGGCUUCAAGCUGUCAUUCGUGGCCAAAUUGUGAGGCGCAGAGUAAUCAGCAAGUUGAAGCAGUUGCAGUCUAUGACAAAGACAGAAUCUCAAGUCCACCGACUGACAGUUUCCGCUGUAAAUGGAAGUUGUACAGAUGGUGCAAAUACAGACUCUCUAAGCCCAAAAAAUUUGGAAGAGAGGCGACGAAAGCUUGAAGGCCAAAGUCAGAGAAAUUGGGAUUGCAGCUUGUUUUCGAGGGAAGACAUGGAAGCCUUAUGGCCAAGAAAGCAAGAGGCCAUUGCAAAAAGAGAGCUUAUAAAGAAAGAUUUCUGCUCCAAUGGGGUAGCUUUCUUUGUACUGAGAUUCUUGGAUAGAAGAAAUGAUCAAAUUCUGGAAGAAUCAACCCGCAAGGAGAAGGAAAGAAAGAGCCACUGGCAAAAACACUGGGAUGGAAUUGAAGGUCAUAAAAGGAGAGAAACAGACAAGAUAAAAUUAACUGUCCAUUCGAAUUUAAUUGCUGGCAAUACAUACAGAUCAGCACAACUUAGACUGAGAAAUGAAAGUUUUCGGGGAUCAAUAGAAGAAUUGAAUUCACCAUUUUCACACCCAAGAAGAUCAUUUAGUCAUGCAAAACAGAAGUCAAUUGGAGAUGAAAGCUCUUUACCAAACUCUCCUGUUUUUCCAACUUACAUGGCUGUCACAGAAUCUGCCAAGGCAAAGGCAAGAUCAUUGAGCACACCUAAGCAACGACUUGGGUUAUUCGAUACAUACUCUGGUCACAGUUCGCCAGGUAAGCUCCGGCUUUCUUCUUGGUAUUCUUUUAAUGGUGAAGUGAUUAGGACUGAUGGAAAAAGUGGCAGUUCUCAACAAAUAUCCAGAAAAAUGAAAGGAAUUCACUAAUAUUCGUACUAUUUCACCUUUUGUAACAUUCUGAAUUUAUUUGGAUCAACGGGGUCCUUUCAGAGGGUGCUCAACCAAGUAGGAGUAGGAGAUUUUCCGGAGUUUUGUACAUUUGGGUGUUGGUUUACUUAUUUGUCUAACAAAGCACUGAAGAAACUUCAUGGACUGGUUGUAUAUGAUCUUCCGAGUGAACAAAAUGUAGACGCACCGUAUACGAUCUCUCCAUUGAUUCGAGGAACUCAGCCUUGACUGGCUCUAAGAAGAUGCAAUUGCAAGAUCUUGUUUCUGGUUGAACUCAUUUUCGUGUUUUGGGUAUAUAUAUGUAAAUAUUUGGAUGUUUUCCCUACCUUAAUGUGUUAGUGAGUUGAGGGAGUGCUGGUUGAUCUUUGUUCUCUAGAUGUCAUUCUGUAAGGGCUGGAAAGUAAGGGGGAAUUAGCUUGCAACUCUCUCUCUCUCUCUCUCUCUCUCUCUCUCUCUCUCUCUCUCUCUCUCUC